GCGGCUGGGGCUGCGCGGAUGGCUGCCCUGGGGGACGAGGUGCUGGACGGUUACCUGUACCCGGCGUGCACCCCCCACUCGUACCCUUACCCGCCGACGGCGAAGAGCAAGGGCGCGGGGGGCGGUUGGCGGCACCGCGGCGACGGCUACCUACCUGCUUCCUCCUCCUCCUCCUCCUGGCCGGGGGCGGCCCCCGCGUCUUUCCCUGGCUACGGACAGCUGAUGGCCGCCGAGUACUUCGACAGCUACCAGCGGGCGCAGCUCAUGGCCCUCCUGUCGCAGGUGAGCCCGGGCCUCGCCCCGCGGCCGCACAGAGUCAGCAGCCGCGACGUGGGCGUGCAGGUGAACCCGCGCCGCGACGCCUCGGUGCAGUGCUCGCUGGGGCGGCGCACACUGCUGCGCCGGGCCCGCGAUGCGGCGCCGACCGAGGGCGCGGGCGGCAGCGGCUCCGCCUCCCCGCAAACGGCCCCCGGGGCCCUAGAUCAGGGCAGCCCGCCGAGCGGCGCCCUGCGGCCCGUGCGCUUCCCGCGCACCGUGGCCGUGUACUCCCCCGUGGCCGCCCGCCGCCUCACCACCUUCCUGGAGGGGGCCGAGUCCGCGGCGGGAGAGCGAGGGCCGCCCCGAAGAGCUCAAGGCCUGGAGGAAAGAGAGGCGCCGGCGAAGAAGGCGCCCCAGAGGCCGCGGGCUGAGGAGGACCACGAGGAGGCGCAGGCCGCCGUGCGGGCGAGCUGGGAGCAGCCUGCCGACCAACCAGGGCUGCCGCCGCGGGAAGCUCGGGGAGGCGAGGGAGGCGAGGGGGGACCUGCCCCUACGAGCCCGGAGCAGCCCCGGUCGGUGGAGAGGGCAGAGGACGGUGAAGAGACGUCUGGCACCGGAGAGGGGUCGUCGCCGCGGAGCCCCGAGCUGAGCAAGGAGCGCCUGCGCUUCCAGUUCUUAGAACAGAAAUAUGGCUACUAUCACUGCAAGGACUGCAACAUCCGCUGGGAAAGUGCUUAUGUGUGGUGUGUACAGGGCACUAACAAGGUUUACUUCAAGCAGUUUUGCAGAACUUGUCAGAAAUCUUAUAACCCUUACCGAGUGGAAGAUAUCACCUGUCAAAGUUGUAAACAGACUAGAUGCUCCUGUCCAGUAAAACUUCGUCACGUGGACCCGAAAAGGCCCCAUCGUCAAGAUUUGUGUGGGAGAUGCAAAGGCAAACGCCUUUCCUGUGACAGCACUUUCAGCUUCAAAUAUAUCAUUUAAAUGAAUGUAACAAUGGUCCUGCUAAAGCUGUGUUAUUGGAACAGAUGUGAGCUUUUCUCCAUGCCCCAUCUCCUUUCCACCUCCCUCUUCUGAAAAUACUUCAUGAAAGGGCUGUGCAUUUUCACAAA